UUUUCUCACAGCUGACGUCAGAAGUUCCGUCCCAACACGGAAAUAUGCAAGAAUAUUCGUUGCGUUAUUACCAUGUUUCGCCUUUUAUUACCGAAGAUGUUACUGUCAACACGAGACGCUGAGUCAACGUGUAGAAGACAAAAAAGUUGCUUUUAGCCGUUAACGUUCGGACAGAUGGACGCACGCGCUGGAAUUCUGGAGAUAGUUCGACCUCUGUUGAUAGUUUUAUACCCUCGAGAAGCACUGUAAUUUAUUCAUGACAAAUAUCAAAGAAGGGGUCUUUGUGAUCAUGAGUAUAUUGGGACGUCUUCUAGCGUCGCUUCUGUUCCUAUCAUCGGGAGGGAACCAGAUUCAGGUAGGAGGGGUCAGCACAGUCACCCUACCUGAGUCUCUGCUGUUCAUCUCUACUCUGGACGGGAGUCUACACGCUGUCAGCAAGCAGUCUGGGGACAUCAAAUGGACCCUUAAAGAAGAUCCUAUAAUACAGGUUCCUGUCUACCUGACUGAACCAGGGUUCCUCCCAGACCCCAGUGAUGGCAGCCUGUACGUGCUGGGAGGCAAGCACAAGGAGGGCCUGAUGAAACUUCCGUUCACCAUCCCAGAGCUGGUCCAGUCUGCUCCCUGUAGGAGUUCUGAUGGCAUCCUGUACACUGGCAAGAAGCAGGAUGCCUGGUUUGUGCUGGACGCCCAGACAGGAGAGAAGCAGACCAGCCUAACCACCUCCUCCUCUGACUCGAUCUGUCCCAACACUCCUCUGCUCUACAUAGGACGCACCGAGUAUAUGAUAACUAUGUACGACACCAAGACCAGAGAGCUGAGAUGGAACGCCACCUACAACGAAUACUCUGCUCCGCCCUACGACGAGAAGCUGGACUACAAGAUGGCCCACCUGGUCUCCAGUGGCGACGGUCUCCUGGUGACGGUGGACCGGGAGUCAGGUGAUGUGCUGUGGAGUCAUGACUACGGCUCCCCGGUGAUGGGCGUGUACCUGUACGCCAGCGACACCCUCCGCCACGCCCCGCACCUGUCCAUCGCCACGGAGACGCUGCGCUACCUCACCUUCUCCUCUGCCAGCGACACACACUCCAUCAAGUGGAGCUACCAGUUUGUCAAGGAGCAGCUCAGCGCCCACACACAGCUGGUCCCCACCCUCUACGUAGGGAAGCUGGACUCUCACCUGUACGCCUCCACCUCAUUGGUCCACGAUGGAGUCUCCCUUGUGCCGCGGGGCCUGACGCUGGCGCGUAUCGAAGGCCCGAUGACGGAGGGUGUGACCGUGAGGGAGAGGGACGGGGCCUACGAGAUCACACCCUCCACUGACGUCCGCUACCCCCCCGGCAGCACCACCAGCCUGCAGAACCACUGGUUACUGAUAGGUCACCACGAGCUGCCCCCAGUAGCUCACACCACCAUGCUGAGGGAGUUCCCAGUGAACCUGCAGCGUGCCGGUGAUGCUGUCAUCUCUCCACGCUCCCCGGCCUCCCGCUACGACAACACCCACUUCCGGUCGGUGGCGGGGCGUGGCGGUGGUGAUGGAGCUGCGGGGAACGGGGGGGUGCGGGGGUCUCCAGCGGGGGGCGUGAGGACCCCUGGGGGCCUGUCCUCUGUGCUACCUGGUUCCCUGUCCCAGGACCCCCUCACCCUGGCCACCCUCACCCUGCUACUGGGGGGCUGGCUGGCCUUCGCCCUCACCUACCCCUCUCGCUGGGCUCUCCAGCAGCAGAGGGCUCGGAGGCAGAUGGAGGAGGCCCUGGACUCCCGCCUCCAACGCCUGUAUGCAGACACGCCCCCUUCUGCAAACAUGCCCCCUCCUCUAGACACGUCCCCUUCUGCAGACAUGCCCCCUUCUCUAGAAACGCCCCCUACUGCUGACCUACGGCCUCCGUCCACAGACCCACCCCUGACCUCCAGCCCAGCCUCCACCUGCAGCUCCACAGUCAACAGUUCUACAGAACACACACACGCUCCUGAUGGAGGGGUGGUGGAGGUGGGGAAGAUCUCCUUCUCUCCUUUGGAAGUUCUGGGUCACGGAACAGAGGGAACGUUUGUGUUCAAGGGUCGUUUUGACGGGCGCCGCGUGGCGGUGAAGCGGAUCCUUCCGGAGUGUGUGUCUCUGGCGUCGCGGGAGGUGGAGCUGCUGAGGGAGGCGGACGAGCACCCCAACGUCAUCCGCUACUUCUGCACGGAGACCGACCGCAUGUUCACCUACAUCGCCAUUGAGCUGUGCAACGCCACACUCCAGCAGUACGUAGAGGACCCGUCCUGUCACUCUGACCUGAGUCCUGUCACCCUGCUGGAACACACCAUGAGUGGCCUCAGUCACCUGCACUCUCUCAACAUAGUCCACAGGGACCUGAAGCCCAGGAACAUCCUGCUGUCCCAGCCGGGUCCCCUGGGCCGUGUGAGGGCCGUGAUCUCAGACUUCGGUCUGUGUAAGAGGAUCCCUGCUGGGCGCAGCAGCUUCAGUCUGAGGUCAGGAGUCCCAGGGACGGACGGAUGGAUCGCCCCUGAGGUGCUGCUGCAGACGCCCGCUAGCAACCCGACUACAGCCGUGGACGUGUUCUCAGCAGGCUGUGUGUUCCACUACGUGCUCAGCAGGGGGCAGCACCCGUUUGGAGACGCGCUGCGUCGCCAGGGAAACAUCCUGGCAGGAGACUACUGCCUCACACACUUCCUGGAGGACACACACGAUGAUGUCAUUGCGCGGGACCUGAUUGAGCGAAUGAUCAGUGGUGAGCCGGAGUCCCGCCCCUCCACUUCCUCCGUCCUCAAACACCCGUUCUUCUGGAGCCCCGAGAAACAGCUGCAGUUCUUCCAGGACGUCAGUGACCGUAUAGAGAAGGAGCCAGUGGACAGUCCCAUGGUGGUCAGGCUGGAGACGGCAGGCAGGGCCGUGGUCAGAACCAACUGGAGGAUGCACAUCUCUGUCCCCCUGCAGACAGACCUGAGGAAAUUCAGGACCUACAAAGGAAACUCAGUCAGAGACUUGCUGAGAGCCAUGAGGAACAAGAAGCACCACUACCACGAGCUCCCGGCAGAGGUGCAGGAGACGCUGGGGGAGGUUCCUGACGGCUUCGUCUCCUACUUCACCUCCCGGUUCCCACGGUUACUGCUGCACACGCACACCGCCCUUGCCGCCUGCUCCAGCGAGAGACUGUUCCACCCCUACUACCUGCCCCCCGCCCCCGAGUAACACACACACACACCGUGGUUAAAAGCCCCCCUGUGUCUCAGUCCUGAGAAAAAACAUUCAAAAUGGCCACCACUGCUGUCAGGCCAGGAGCCAGAAUGGCUGCCAGACUCUUUAGAGCGAUGCAGGAAACUGCUGCACCAGUGGAUCCAAGAUGGCUGCAUCCCGAAUCACGUUACUUUCUCUACUUAGUACGUACUGCAGGUGCCCUUACAAAUCACGUACUGUUGCAUGCAGUACUCGUACAGCUGGGAGACCCUACUUUGUCACAAUGUUGCACCUUGAACUUCUUGCUUGUACAUCCGUCACAGAUCGCAUUAUGUUGAAAAUGCUGAUGAAAUGGUUGAUUGCUAAAAUCUUUCUUGGCUUCUCUGGAGGCGAACAGAGCCGAGCAUACGGGAGAACAGCCAGAUCUCUGUUGUUACUGUGUCUGUUUUAGUUGCCGUGACGUUUCUUGCACUGCGGAUUGUGUGUCAGGAAAGAAAAGCAUGCUGGGAUGCAGACAGCAAACAUGUGACCAGAUGCAGUACCAACAUACUGGUAUUUUUGGCAUGCUGCAUUUGACAUACUGAACCGGCUUACUAUAGUAGUAUGGGGAUUGCAACUUUUAUAUUGUUUUUAUCUUGUAUUUCAUUUCAGUUAUACAACAGAUUUUACUGAGCGCUGCUUGUGUGAAUGUGUGGGCUUCAGAGAGUGAAAGAGACUAAGUGUGUGUGUAUUAGAGCAGUUAAUGAGCUCGUAUGAGUGGGAUAUAAACACCAUGCACUGCAGUGAGAGAGACUUGACUGGCUUUGUGUCUCCAUGGCAAUAAAAUGGCUUCCUGGUGGUGGGUCAGGUAUCACGUUGUCGUGGAUACGCCUGUUUGGGACUGAAGUGAAUGUAUAUGCGUUUCAAAAUUGAGGUAACCAACAGUCCACACAAUGGGUAAUAUGAUUUUUGUAUCUUUGUUUUUGAAUAAAAAUUUAAUAAAUGUUCA